AUGCAGAAAGCACCUGACCUGACUGCACAGUGGUCAGGGUUGCCUGAGCAGCGUGCUGCCGCCCUCUCUGAAGAGCCCCAACUUCUGUGCGUUCCCAGGGCCACAGCUGCCUGGCUGCUGUCAGGCCCCUCUCUGACCCCAGUUCUGAGAGGCCUUGCUCCAGGACUUCACCGGUUGCUGGCAGUGGCGGAGGCCUGCAAGCUGGCAGCAGCCUUCAGUGCCUACACACCCCUGUUCGUGCUCACGGCAGUGAACGUCCGCGGCACAUGCUUGCUGUCAUACAGCAGCUCCAGGGGCUGCCCUCCAGACCAGAGGAGCUCGUAUCUGUAUGAGGCCAAGGAGGCCUUCGAGAUCGGCCUCCUGACCAAGAAGGACGUCGACGAGCCAGCCACGGGGAAGCAGGAGCUCCACAGCCUGCUGAAGGCAGCCUUCAGCCUCACCACCGUGCACCGGAGACUCCACGGGGACACGGACGCCGUGUGCGAGGCCAGCCGGCUCUGUCUUGAAGCUCUGGGGAUGCUGUACAGGUUCGGCUCCUCCUCAGGGAGUCAGGAUAGAGAGGCUCUGCCCCACGAAAUCCUGUCUGGGAUCAGCCUUGUGAAGGGUCACUUUCAGGUCCAGAGCUUCUCAAAUUCGGACGACAGGUCCUACAUUCCGGACAGCUUCAAGUGCAGCUUGGAUGGACCUGUCCUGCAUGGAAGAGUGGAUUUCCAAAGCAUCCUCACAGCCCACUCGCAGCACCACACCUCAGUGUGCGAGGUUUUUCAAAGCACCUGCAGAAACAGCAAGAAUAAAGAGAAAAAAGUAAAAACAGAAGUCUGCAUCACUGCCUUAAAAACAGAAACUAUAACUCUGGACACCAUGAGUGCCACUCAGUGUGAAGUGCGGCCUCCCAGAGGCCAGGGCACAGCCUCCUCCUGGAUGGCAGAGAGUGGUGAGAAGCCAGGGUGGAUGGGGAGGGUAGCCGGGGCUCACUCUGAGGCCUUCCCAGUUGCCCUGGAUCAAGAGGUGGAGAAGGAGAGGGAGCCACCUGGUCACAGUGGCGAUGUUUUGAACAAGUCACCGGGAGACAGCAGGAGCUCCUGGACCUGGGGUGCGCUGUCGCUGUCUGGGCUGAGCUCCUCUGCGAGCUGGGAGCAGCUGAACUAUCCCAAGGAGCCCGGGUCAGCCAGCAGAGCAGAGGCCUUCAUGGACGCCCCUUGGCCCUCCACUUCAUUCGAGGAGCCCAAGAGGCAUGUGGACAGCAGGGUCCUGUGCUUACUGUCUUCAGACCUCCCUGGUCCCUCCCUCCAGGCACCCCAGGGCAACAAUGAAGCGCUUUCACCAGGUCAGGCACACAAAGCCCUGUACUCAGCUGCCUUCCCUCCCCACUGCACUCCCUAUGCCUGGGUGGCCCCUGCUGCUGGGCUGUCUGGGUCGGCAAGGGCCCCCCAAAAUGCUCCUACUCCCUCCAUGCCCUCCUGUGCUUUUCUGUCUGACUCUGAUCUGCACACAGACAGGGCCGCAUGCCAUCCCGUGGGAGAGGAAGCCUUUGAGAUCCUUGAUUUUGGAGAAACCAGCUGUGAUGUCCCAGAUGGGCUUGGGGCAGAAGCUGCAGAAGUCUGUGACUGGGGCGCAGGCCCCGCAUGUGAAGAUGUCCCCUCGUGGGUGGACCCCAAAGGAGAGACAGUAGAAGGCACCCACAAUGCACCCUUGGGCAAUCUCACCGCACUGGGUGGUUCACGGGGCAACAGUGCCAGGCUGCAGUGUGGCUCUUUCCUUCCCGGUUUUCUCUUUCAACAUCUUGGCUCGGGCGAGGCUGGUGGCUCCAUGGAAGAGCUGGGCAUCAACCCUGAUGCCCCCAUGGAGGACAAAGGGGGCCACUUGCUUGGCAGUGCCCGGGUCCCCUCCACAGCUGAACCUGGCCCCAGCCCACCAGGUGCUCCGAGGCAGCCACUGGGGCAAAGGUUGGGGACCCCCAGCCCCCCUGCAGGCAGCAGCACCCCCUUCCAGGUCCUCAGCCAGGAUUGUGCCACCACGGAGGAGGGAGAUGCAGCUGGACACGCGCUCAGCUGCAGCCAGAACCUGGGCUCCUCACUGGCCUGGUGGCUGAAGUCGCCUGCACUCUCCUGCGGCUCCUCUGACCGGGAGAACUCCUGGUCCUUCCUGAAUUCCAGCGGAAGCUCCGUGGAGUCCUGGCCAGGGAUGACGCGGCAGGAGGUCAUGGAGACUCGCACCCUGCAGCCCGCUGACCUGGAGAAGCUGCUGGCCGGCGUGGGCCACGGCUGGCUGCUGCAGAGGCUGGAGAACAUGGGCGAGUUCAAGCCCAGCCAGCUGCACAGAGCUCACAAUGCUCUUCUGUUAAAAUAUUCCAAAAAGUCUGAACUGUGGACAGCCCAAGAAACUGCUGUGUAUUCGGGGGACUACCUGAAUGUGAAGAAGAAAGGAAAGCAGAGAAAUGCCUUCUGGGUUCACUAUCUUCACCAAGAAGAAACUCUGGGGAGGUAUGUUGGGAAGGAAUACCGAGAGCAGAAGGGGCUCUGGCACCACUUCAUUGAUGUGGAGAGGCAGAUGACUGCACAGCACUACGUGACAGAGUUUAACAAGAGACUGUAUGAGCAGAAGAUCCCGACACAGAUAUUCUACAUCCCGUCCACAGUAUUACUGAUUUUAGAAGGCAACACAAUAAAGGGAUGUAUCAGUGUAGAACCUUACAUACUGGGAGAAUUUGUAAAAUUAUCAAAUAACACGAAACUGGUGAAAACAGAAUACAAAGCAACAGAAUAUGGCUUAGCUUAUGGCCAUUUUUCUUAUGAGUUUUCUAAUCAUAGAGAUGUUGUGGUUGAUUUACAAGGUUGGGUGACUGGUAAUGGAAAGGGGCUCAUCUACCUCACAGACCCUCAGAUUCACUCUGUUGAUCAGAAAGAUGUCACUACCAAUUUUGGAAAGAGAGGCAUCUUUUACUUCUUUAAUAACCAACAUGUGAAAUGUAAUGAAAUAUGCCAUCGUCUUUCUUUGACUAGACCUUCAGUGGAGAAACCAGAUAAGCUGUAGACAGUGGAUGGAUAGCAUGACCACCUUUCUGCUCACUGGGAUCAAGUUCUCGCCUUCCAGGGACAUAGAACCUGGCAGUGUGGUCCUGCAGGGCUUGGGCAGGCCUUGGGGGAGAGGGGUUGAGGGGGCCACUUUCAGGCCUGCAUUAAGUUGCCAGUACAAGAUCCUGUGCUUCCCUUUCCCUCUAACACAGUGACCAGGAAUGUGUCAGGAAGUAGCUGCUAAUGAGCAUCAGUCCUGCACUGAAGACAGGAUGGAAAACAGCCCCAGUCACCCACAGUGGAUCCAAAGCUCAGCUGAGAACUAAACCAUUGUCUAAGCCAUUGAGAUGUUGGAGCUUUUGGUCAUUAUCUGUCAAGACUGAGAAUAACACUGAUUUUUCCUGUUGAUUUAAGAGUUCUUCAUAUAUUAAAGAAUUCAGGGGUUUGUGAUAUGAAUUCCAA